CCUAGAACACCCCUGCCCGCGGUAGAAUAAAACAGGAGGCCGCCGCUCCCAAACCCUACGGUAGGCUCAGAUUCGGAGCUCUUCUAAGAUGUCGAAGCGAGGGCGUGGAGGGUCGGCGGGGAACAAGUUCCGGAUGUCGCUGGGUCUGCCGGUGGCGGCGACGGUGAACUGCGCGGACAACACGGGGGCGAAGAACCUCUACAUAAUCUCGGUGAAGGGAAUCAAGGGGCGGCUCAACCGGCUGCCUUCGGCCUGCGUCGGGGACAUGGUGAUGGCCACCGUCAAGAAGGGGAAGCCCGAUCUCCGGAAGAAGGUUAUGCCCGCCGUCAUCGUCCGCCAGCGCAAGCCCUGGCGCCGAAAGGACGGCGUCUACAUGUACUUUGAAGAUAAUGCUGGAGUUAUCGUGAAUCCAAAGGGAGAAAUGAAAGGCUCUGCCAUUACCGGACCCAUUGGGAAAGAAUGUGCUGAUCUGUGGCCAAGGAUUGCUAGUGCAGCCAAUGCCAUUGUGUAAUGGCUACAGGUACUCAAAAUCAACAGCUGCAGUUUUUGGUCUGGAAUUAGUUUGUAUUUGGGGAAAGAAAAAAAAAAAAAGAAGGUUCCUAUGCAGUGUUAAAAAGACCUAGUCACCUCCUGGUUUGUUAGCUUUUUUGGAAGAGUUUGUCGUUUUUGAACACAUUCUGCUGUUGUUGAAGAUAAAAUAUCCUUAAAAAUAUGCUUAUUUUUCAUCAA